AUGGAAACUUCUUGGACGUGGUGGAUAAACCGUAGAAAGAGGCUGAGAAUCUUCUAUCUCUCCAACGCCCCAAACCCGCUCACAUCAUCUAGUGACAUCCCCAGCAUCCCCAGCGAUAGAUUGACUCAAACCAACGCGUCAUUACCAACGGAACCCCCCGGUCCCCAUACGUGGGAAAUUCUCCCGCAGCCCAGCACGCCCCUUCGAUACUAUGUUACACCGACGCAACGCCAAAAGCCCAAAGACUCGGGCAAGACGGCAACGCACUGCAACUCUGGUAGACACCCGACGUCCGACGAGUCGAGCCGUCCCCUUCCUUCUCAACCACCAGAUCGUCGUGUGAAUCCGGGAGAGACAUAA